AAACUAAAGUUCAUUUGUAGGGACCAAUUAAUUUGACCAUGAUUAUUUAAUUGUACUUGGUGUUAUAUAAAUAGGUGAUGCUGGCUAGGAAGAUAUCAAACCAAAACAAUGCUUUCAAUGGUGUUAGUCAUGGAGGUGAAGUAGAUGAGAGUGGUGGCUCUGGAGCUCCAAGUGGUUGGAGGUUUGGAGGUGGUGGUGAUGAGGAUGAAGUUUAUUGCUCAUAUAGAAGUUGGCGAAGUUGUGGCAACUUCUUUGGUAGAAAUGGGAAAGGUUUUGGUGGUAGUGGUGGUGGUGGUGGUGGUGGAGGAGGUGGAGGAGGAGGUAGUGUAGGUAACAAGGGUUUUGGAAAUGGGGAGGGACAUGGUCUUGGAGGAGGCAAUAGUGUGGAUGGAGCUGAAGGAGGGGGAGGGGGAGGGGAUGGAGGUGGAAGUGGUAAUGGCGUUGCUAUGGGCUUUGGUCACGGAGAAGGCUUUGGAGUUGGAGGUGGGGUAGGAGGUGAAGGGGGUGGCGCUGGUGAAGGAGGUGGAGCUAAUGGAGGGCCAGGUCAUGGUUAUGGAUAUGGUGUUGGUGGUGGUGGUGGUGGUGGUGGAAAGGGUGGUUCAUAUGGAGGAUAUGGCCAAGGUAGUGGUUAUGGUGUAGGUGGUGGCUUUAGAGGAGGAGGUGGAGGCAGUGGAGGAGGAGGAGGAGGGGGAGGAGGAAGGGGGGUCGGUUCAAAUGGAGGAUAUGGCCAUGGUAGUGGUUAUGGCGCAGGUGGUGGAGGCAACAACGGAGGUGGAGGUGGAGGUGGAGGUGGCGGUGGUGGUGGUAAUGGAGAAGGAUAUGGUCAUGGUGAAGGUGGUGGAUUUGGAAUGGGAGUGGGUGGUGGAUCCAAUAGUGGUAAAGGUUAUAGCGGCACCGAUGGCAUGGGCAUGGGAUUUGGAAUGGGCAUUGGCUUUGGAUUUGGAAUGGGAGCUACUAGUGGCUCAGGAAAUGAAGCUGAUGAAAGUGGCAAUAUUGAUCCUUGAGAGCCUUGUUUAUCUCAAAAAUUAAACUAAAAUCAAGUCAUAGAACAUUGUUCUUGUUAACAAAAUGAAUAUUAUUUUCACCAUUUCUAUUUUUGUCAAAGUUUUAUGUACCAAGUCAAUCACUAGAAAUCUAUUUCAAAAUAAAUCUUACUUUCUUAU